CCUUGUCAGGUCCAGUCUUACUUCUACGACACCGGAGCGGGUCUCAUCAUGGUGUCUGAAGAGGAGGGCAUCAGCCCGCGCAAACGGCGGAAGAUCGGCCCUCCCAAGGCUCCCUAUGUUUUGCGAUCGUUGUUCGACCAGGUACCCUUGAAUGCCGAUGAUAAUGAUGACGACGUCCACAUCACGACUGUUGAGUAUUGGAAUGACAAUCUGUACAUUGGAACAUCUGCUGCCGAGAUCCUCCAUUUCGUCUGCCUUCCGCCGGACCCCUCGGACAAAUCGAGCGAACCAUCGUUUAUCUUAGCCUCACGAUUGCCGAUCCCAUUCUCCCACACCACAUCAGUAACUGCCAAACCGCUCGGAAUACAACAGAUUCUUUUGUUACCGGCGGUCAACAAAGCCUGUGUUCUGUGCAAUGGAACAGUUACCUUCUACAUGCUACCGGAGCUUAGUCCGGCGUUCGGGAACACCAAGGUCAGCAAUUGCUCCUGGAUUGGAGGUGUGGAUCUCAACACGGUCAAGGACGAACAGGAGGAGCAGGUGGUGUUGAUUGCGGCGCAAAAUCGAACUAUGCUAGUAAGGAUCGGAGAGGAAGCUCGACGCAUAAGGAACAUCGAGUUCCCUGGGUGCCUGGUUGCGGCGCGAAGGGGGAUAAUCGCUUGUGCCGCGGACGCACACUCAUACUCUCUCAUCGACGUGGAAAAUCAACAGAAGAUACAAUUGUUUCCCAUCUCUUUCUCGAACGAGAAUUUCGAACCCAACCAGGUCCAUGACGUCUCGACAGGCACGCCCUUGAAAUCACCUACCUCGCCCUUUUUUACUCACUCGCCCACCUCGGAGAGUCAUAUGUAUGAGAGGAGCGCUAGCUCAAAUACAUUGUCUGGAUUGUUGCAACCGCACGGACACCAGCGAUCAAGCUCUGUCACCUCGGAGCUGUCUCCGGAGUCAGGGACACCGAGACGCUCGCUAUCGAAAGAGCGCGCUGGAGGCGCUUCUCCUAGGCGGAGUAUCGAGAACCAGCCACACGAGUCGGAAUCGAGCUCGGAAGAACGAAAGCCACUUCCCCCGCUCCCGAAGCCUACGCAACUGAAACCCCAUAUCAUAUCGCCGACACCGUCCGAAUUCUUGCUUGUUAGGGGCACGGAUGGAUCUGAGCCGGGGGUGGGCAUGUUUGUCAACAUUGAUGGCGACGUGGUUCGGGGCACAAUCACUUUCCAUAAGUAUCCAGAAUCCAUCGUCAUCGACAAAGGCGACGAGAACAACAUGAUACAUUCACCUGAUAAUACCCAUGAGGAGCUUUUGCUUGCAGUGAUAGAAGCAGAAAAGGAAGGCCAACGUCGCAAGUUCCUGGAGGUACAGCUCUGGGACGUUGAUCCUGGGGAAGCGGACGACCACAAAACAUGGGUGGAGAUACCGUCUUCUCCGGAUAUGCAGUCUACCCAUGUCGGUCUCAGUCAUACAAUCAGCCCGAGUCAGCUGGAAAUAAGCGAGAUGGGCAAUCUCUUACGAAUGGUUCGCUUGAAAACCCCGUCGCUGUCACCGCAUGUACCCGCUACAGAUCCGAGAACGCAAGCGUCUAUUGAACAAUCGCAGAAAGAAAAAGAGCUCUUCGACGGUCCUGAAGGGGCUGGCGAGGCUGAGCGUGGCUGGGAGAGCGAGCGCAACGCUGAAGAAGAGAAAUUUGCGCGUGCAUUGGGCCAGACACAAAGCAGUCUGAUCAUGUGGAAUGGUAAUCAGAUAUGGCGGGUGGUGAAAAAUCCACUAACAACGCAGCUGGAUGAUGCCCUCCAGAGCGCCCACGUACAGGAUACGGAUGGUCGCAGGGUUCUCAAGCGGGAUUCUAUCACGGAUGUCAUUGAUUUAGUUCAAGCUGCUGAACCAAAGUCGGAAUCCGAAUUUCUAGGCUUGAAUUAUCUGAAACAGAAAGCCAGUUUGCUUCUGUUCGGCGACCUAAUCCUUAUGGACUCGAAAUACAGAGACGAGGCAACGAUUGAUGCUACGGAGCGAGCUCUCAUUGUUGGAAACCUGGAUCCUCGUAUCCCGCUACUGUUGAUCCCUCUUUUGCGACGAGAGGUUCUGCAGAGUCCACAGGGAAUUUGGAUACAUGCGGGCUUGUCGGAGGUGACAGAGAGUUAUGUGCAGCAGCUAGAGAUAGCUGAGGGGGGCGGGGCUUCGGACAGCGCUGUACUGGAUAUGAUCAAGAGGUUCUUAUUUUCCUGGCAGCAAAAGAGGGGUUAUGGAAGUAUCACGGAUGAGACAUACGUCUUCGACAGCGUCGAUGCAGCUUUUCUGCACUUACUCCUGGAACAGGACGCACAACUUGCGGCCGAACAACGCUCGGUCUCUCAGUUGCGUAUCGAGCUCAACAGACUUGUCGAUAACUGGAAGGGCAACUUGGAACGCGCGGUGGCACUUCUAGAACAGUAUCGACGACUGUUCGUUUUGAGCCGACUCUACCAGAGCCAGAAGAUGUCUCGAAAUGUCCUCAAAACUUGGCGCAGAAUUAUUGAGGGGGAGGAAGAUCUAGGCGGCGAGGUCACUGUUGCAGGCACAGAGGCACAAAUGCGCCGGUAUCUGGUCAAGAUCAAAGACGUUCAGCUGGUGGAGGAGUAUGGCGCAUGGCUUGCCCAGCGCAAUCCUAGUCUCGGAAUACAAGUAUUCUCAGAUGGCACGAGCAGGGUGAAGCUGGAAACCGCCGAUGUCGUCGCUCUUCUUAAGCAACAGGCACCUAAUGCCGUCCAAGCGUACCUGGAACACCUUGUCUUUGUCCGACAUCUCACGCAAUAUGCGGACGAUCUCCUAGCAUACUACCUCGAUUCCGUCCUCUCUGUGCUGGAAAGCUCGCCAUCAGCCCGAGCCUCUCUCUCGGAAUCUUACUCGACCUACCGCGCGCUGACUCCCCCCAAACCGACGUACAUGAACUUCAUCACCGUGAAUGCCCCGUCGGAACCAUGGUGGCAAUCGCGGCUGCGGCUCCUCCAGCUUCUUGGCGGCAGCAGCACCGGUGGUAGCCAGUUCACUUCGAUGCCAGCGCGCACCUUCACCUUUUCCAUCCCCGCGGUUCUCUCCCGGAUUGAACCGUUCCAGAACGAGCUUGUCUCGGAAUCAAUCAUCCUCGACGGUCUCCAGGGCCGCCACCGCGAAGCUCUCCAUCUACUCACGCACGGCCUGGGCGACUACGACUCGGGCAUCCGAUACUGUCUCUUCGGCGGGCCGCGCGCCACCACCAGCUCCUCCGCCUUCGCGGAGCGCAGUCAACAAAGCGAACUCUUCCGGUUCCUGCUGGACGAGUUCCUGAAGAUCCAGGAUCCGUCGGAACGCAUCGAGCGGACCAGCGACCUCCUGGGCCGAUUCGCGGCGUGGUUCGACGUCGGCGAGGUCCUGCGGAUCAUCCCGGACGAGUGGAGCGUGGAUAUUCUCGGCGGGUUCCUGGCGCACGUGUUCCGGGUGCUGGUGGCCGAGGGCCGGGAGGUGCGGAUCGAGAAAGCGUUGAGCGCAGGGCUGAACCUGCGGGUCGGGACGGAGUACAUCGAGGGGGUUGAGAAGGCGGGCGGAUGGGUGGAGGACGGCGAGGGACUGCGCCGGCUGAAGGGGGGAGUGGCUCGGGGGACGGUGCAGGAUGAGAGCGAGGAGUUUGGGGAUAUUGUGGAAGCGGAUGGCUAA